GCGAGGGAGUAUUGCACCAUUAAUUAGUCCCUUAUAAAUCUGUGUUGUGUAACGUGCUUUGUUGUUGACAAUUUACAGAGCAACAACUGCUCUCAGCAUCACGAGCUCUUCAGGUGCGAUUCUCUCUCGCAGCAGUAAGCUGCUUUAUUCAUUUUUCGGGAGGAACAUGAGUUUCACUGGCCCUUCCGCUGCCGCUUCUGCUGCUGGGAGAACUUUUGACUUUGGACGGACGUAUGUGGUCAGGCCCAAAGGUAAACACCAAGCGACCAUAGUGUGGCUACAUGGCCUUGGUGACAACGGCAAUAGCUGGUCUACUCUCUUGGAAACCCUUCCACUUCCGAAUAUAAAGUGGAUCUGCCCAACUGCUCCUCAACGACCAGUAACUUUAUUUGGAGGCUUUCCAUCAACUGCUUGGUUUGAUGUGAAUGACCUUUCAGAAAAUGCUAAUGAUGAUGUACACGGUUUGGAAGCUUCAGCUACAUAUGUUGCAAGCUUAUUGGCUAAUGAACCUGCUGAUAUAAAACUUGGUGUUGGAGGCUUCAGUAUGGGUGCGGCAACCUCCCUAUACUGUGCUACUUGUUUUGCUCGAGGGAAAUUUGAGAAUGGCAACCAGUUUUCCCAAAAUAUAAGUGCUGUUGUUGGAUUGAGCGGUUGGCUUCCAUGCGCAAAGACUCUAAGUUCCAAAUUAGAAGGUGUGGCUGAGGCUUCUGGACGUGCUGCAUCCUUACCCAUUCUGCUUUGUCAUGGCAAAGGGGAUGAUGUAGUUGCUCAUAAAUUUGGUGAGAAGUCCGCGCAGAAGCUAACUUCUACUGGAUUUCGAGAUGUCACUUUUAAAUCCUAUACUACGCUUGGUCACUAUACUAUUCCAGAGGAAAUGGAUGAGCUUUGUGCUUGGCUAUCAUCCAAAUUGGGACUGGAUGGUAAAUGAUGCACCAUUACUCGAGACUCGUCCGUGAAUUUUCAUAUUAUUUGUUCCAAUCUAUGGAGUCUUUCUUGUGUGAUUUGGCCAUAAUGUUAUUGCUGGAUUAGAUGAACAUUGUUUGACUGAAAUUAGAGGUGAAAGAUCAAUUCUAUUUUGUGGUUAUGGAACUUA